GCUUGUUGUCUUUAAUCAAAGAAAGUUAUAAAAUAUAAUAAUACACAUGAAAUUUAACUGUUUAAAUUGUAUAAAUAAAUUUUAAAAUGUCAUAUAGAGAUUUAUUUAAAUUUAGUGAAACUAUGAGGUCAUUAGGAUUUCAUCGUCAAAUACCAAUUGAUAGUUUUCACAAUUCAAAUUUUUCUUUGAUGGCUCAAGUUUUAAUAUGGCUAUCUUUACGUUUCGAACCUGAGUCUACUCUAUUAUAUGACAUUGAAACACCUGACCAAAGGGUUUAUUUCAUUAGAACAAUAGCAGAGUUUUUUGCUUUAAAAGCGAAUGUCAAACUCAACGUAAAAAAACUCUAUCAAGCAGACAGAAAUGCAAUUGGCGAAUUAUUGAAAAUCACAGAUUUGUUAAAUGAUGCGUUGAGAUCAAAGAUUACAUAUAACAACAAGAAAGAAAUUUCAAAAUUUGAUACAAAUUUAUAUUCUAAAAAUAAUGAAUUAAAAAAACAAAGAGAGUUGGCAGUGGAGAUAACUAUUAAAGGAUCUCAGCUUUAUCAAUCCCUAGAAGAAGAAACUGAAUUACGGCCCAUUAGAGAAAAAUGUUUAAAUGCAUUUUUAGACAUUGGAGACAUGGAACAAAGUUUGAAAUCUUUAAUUGAAAAAACUAAAAAUAAAACUGAGGAAACAAAAAAUUUGAUAAAAAAUAUAACUUCUACUAAAGAAAAUUUAGAUACAAAAAUUGCUAAAAGACGUGAAGAUUUAGAUAGAAAUUUAAAAAGACUAAAUACACUGAAACAAGUUAGACCUGCAUUUUUGGAAGAAUUUGAAGAUUUAGAGUCUGAACUAAGAAUCUUAUAUCAAGAAUAUAUACUAAGGCAAAGAUGUAUAAAUUACUUAGAAAAUCAACAAGAACAAGCAGCCCAUAUAGAAUUAAUGCGAAUGAAAGAACAACAAGAAUUGGCAAAAAAUAAAAUAAAGAAUAAUAAGUUGGAUGACGAGUUCAAAAUAUUAGAUGAAGACAAUGAACAUAAUUUACUACCUGAAAAAGUACCUGGAUCUAGUAAUGAAUCAAUAAAUAAAGACCAUGGGAUGUUUAGCAGACUUACAGAUAGUGAAACAGAUUCUGAUUUGAUGCUAGAUGAUGAGGAUUCAAAUCUUUUAGCCUCUGAUGCAGAUUUAUCAACUUCAAAAGCAGAAAAGUCUGGAAGUGUUCAAAGUGAUAGUGAUAAUUAAGUUAAUAAUAAACAAAUGUAAAUACAAGGCAAAUAUAUACGAUUUCCUUCCACAACAUCAAUAAGAUCAUCAGAGGUAGCAUCAUAUCGCAAAGUUAUAUCAGCAUUAUGAAUUCGAUAUUCUGACAAAAUAGUUUUAAC